CUUACCGUUUGGUCCGAUUUGCCUUUAUUGCCUAGAACCGACCUCUCCCCUCCUACUGGGCUGAUCUGGGGUUCGACAUUGACUCCAGCUCGCUCUUGUGGUGGCCAUCUAUCAUUCUCUGUUGGUUCGGGGAAAAGCAAGCCACCCGGCAUAUAUUGGGAGCCAAAAAUCCUCUAAAAAGCCCUCCACUGCCAAAAUGUCAGAUGAGCAAAACCUCGCUCGUCAGACAGCCUCGAGCUUCGAUAGGCUCGAAAACUUCAACUUUCUGCUUUCUCGACACGAUCCCAACCUGGCCAAGAGUCGACAGUACUCCUUUGACGCCGAAUCGACAGCUUUGGCCUCCUUUCAGAAUUUGAACAUGGAUUACGACCAGACCGAGGGGAUGGGCGGUCUUUCCGUCAGUUCAUAUGAUAGCAUCGAGGACGAGCGCAGUCCGAUCGAUGUGCGAGGAUACCCGCAUUAUGAUCAAAUGCUUUCCUAUUCAGCUCACCCACUCUACCCUCCCAUCUCAUAUGGGCCUCCCGAUGACCUCGCACAUGUCCCUGGGGCGCUGACUCCAUCGGACGUCUCCUCUUCCAUAUCACCCCCGAACGGCGCGAUCACCAACACCAAGUACAGCACACAGAUCCCCGGCGACCACCUCGCGUCGGCUCUCAGUCAAGAAGAGGGCUGUCGCCGCGCCACCGAAGAAGACCGUCGCCGGCGGAACACGGCCGCCAGUGCCCGGUUCCGCAUGAAGAAGAAGCAACGCGAACAGGCGCUGGAACGCACCGUGCGCGAGACGACGGAGAAGAACGCCUCACUGGAGGCCCGCGUAGCACAGCUCGAGAUGGAGAAUCGAUGGCUGAAGAACCUGCUCACCGAGAAGCACGAAGCCAGCUCGACCCGGCUGGCGCCGCCCCCGACUGACAGCAGUGCCUUGGCCUCGAAAGGUUCUAGCGUCACCGGCCCCGGCCAGAAACAUAUCCAGCCCAAAAAGAAGGGCGUCGGCACCGAUAACUGAAGCCCCAAUUCAAAAUUAAUUGCGAUGAAAACCCACAUUUGAAUCUCCACUCGCCAUAUCAGAACCAUACGUACACCUCAACCAGCACUGGUUUCUACCUCGUC